UGGUAUGGUGCGAUAGAACGAUGAGAAAUAAUCGCUUCGCAUCGACGAGAAAUUCUAUUCAGAGUGCUGUAAACUGAUUUUCGUCGUUCAUUCAUUUUUCGUUUUGUUCCAUUAGAAAAUGGUAUUUCGUCGUGGAGAAGACAAAGAGAUUUUUACGUGAAACAAAAAAGAGACAACGACGAGGACACAGUGGUCGUGCAUAAAGUGCUAAGUUCGGCAAUUGAUUCAAUUAAAUUGUCGAAAGAGCAGCAUGAAAUUGCUGCAGCUAAUUAAUAAAUUAUUGUAAUAGAUAUUUCAUAUAUAUAUAUAUAUAAUUUUUAUACGGUGUACGAAAAAUAGAGAGAAAGGAGUUGAGAGUUCCUAUAUGUGACGAAAUUUGGAAUUUGGCGAGGUGUUGUGUGAAUGUGCUACAUUUUGUUUGGGCAAAAAGAAGAACAAAGGCGACGUCGAAAACGACGAAAAAUCUGCAGCCAAAAAGGAAGUGAAAAUUCGUUUGAGUUUUUCUCUCUCUCUAUCAUCCGCUCUCUGUGCGUCUCUCUCUCUCCCUUCAUUUUGGGCUGCCCCGUGUGAAAAGUGAUUGAAAAUCGGUGUGUGUGAGAAUUGAUUGUGGGGACGCGAGGGGAGGCAUACAAUGCCAUUGGCGCAUUGUAGCUGUAAUUCGAUAAAUUUGACGACAAUACGAAAAUGUUACAGUAUGGAUACUUCAUGAUUUUCACUGGAUUCGUCAUCGUUAUUGCUGCGCCAAUUAUAUCCUGGUAAUCAACAAAAUGCAAAUUACAUAAAAACACUAUAGAAAAAAAACACAGAGAAAAAGAAUCUUUUUUUAAAAAUCAAAAUAGAAGUCAAACCAAUAACCAAAUGACGUAUUAUGUGAUUUCGCUAACAGUUACGUAGAUAAAAGACAAAAAAAACACACACACUUAAAAAAUACUUACAUACAAAACGCUUCGUUACAUGUUGUGUCGAUCGAAAACCAAUAAAACUAACCACGCCACACACGAAAAUCGAACACACAUUAUCGCGAAAUAUCCUUUCUUCAACUUCAUUUCUUCCUACUUCUCUUCUACAUCAACCACAUCACAUCCUCACAGUAGAGCGUGUGGAUUAAACAUUGUUUUCGGGCAUCGCAAGCAAUUGCUCACGAAAUUUAAGCAAAGUGUAUAACGUAGUGGGAAGCUUUUUGAUUAUGCAUAAAACUGAGUCACUAGUGUCGGCUCGGUCUUGUGAAGGAGGUCAUCGGUGCAGUCCACCCAAAGAAUGCUGCCCCCAAGGCUGUUGCUACUUAUACGCACCGCCGAGUGCGCCAAAGGCACAAGUACCCAAUAAUACAUCGCACGUGCUCAACCUAUUCUUCAUAAAUCACUGGUUUUUCUGGUGUACGAUAUUUGCAAUAGUGAUUGCGAUACUGUGUGCAUGUUCGUUGUGGAAAAAGCGGCGUCAAAUAUGUGGCUGGGGCUCACCUCGGCCACAUUCACAAUCGGGUGAUUCGACUGGGUCUUGCUAUGCUCCACCGCAAUACAGUCGAUGUACAUCGUUCCAUCAUGCGCCACCGCCGUAUGCUGAGGUUACAAACAAGCCCGACUUGUAUCCGCUGGUGUUUUCGUGCAACAAUUCGGACAAUGGAAAAAAUGGUGCGAGCUAUUUAAUGGUUCAAUACUUUCGUAAUUACAUAGUUCGACCGGUGGGUUCGUUGUCAGCAACGAGUACCGUUGAUUCGUUGAGUUCGAGUUUUAUUUGCAAUGCAAACGAAGCAAACACCUUGAUACCGCCACCAUAUUCACGGGCCGGUAGCCCAAAUUUGCCAAUGAACAUCCAGGAUUAUUCGUCGAUGCCGCGGUCCGCAUCGCAAAUGUGCACAUUGGAGCAAGGGCAAAAUCAACGAUCCAUUCCCGUUGUCAUGACAAACAGCAAUUUGGACGGCGAACAAAUUACAUUGUAUCGACACUACCAUGAUUUCACCCAUGAAACGGCCGACGUGGGCGGCAUUGGUGGUGGCGAUGACACUUCAUACGUUCAAUUUCGACGCACAUCAAAUAGUGUUAGUUUCCAAGAAUUGCAAAGCAACAGCACUAACGAAAACCAACCCAGUCCACCAUACAAUGGCACCAACAACAAUAUUCGGGCUAAUCCAAACUAUAACACAAUGACAAAUAACGCUGAUACUCUCGAUGAUUUAAAUAGUGACUUAAGUAAACCAUGCAAUGUGAUAGCCGAUGCCCAAUCGUUGAGUACACAAAAAACAUUUGAUAUGAUGAACAAUGCGACAAUAGUGCACGAGCAACUAAACCACAAGAAUAACAUCAGCAGCAACCAAAACAACAGUAACAGCACAAAAGCCAAAUGCAAACCAUUGCAAACUAGUUUAUCGUAUAGCAAUAGUUCGAACGGAUUCUUCGAUUCAUACGAUUCAAUUGAUGACGAUGCAAAUGAUUGUGGUUUGAAUAUGCCGAUUGCCGGACGUUCGUUGAUUGUGUCAACGCCUACUGGAGCCACGCAUCGUGAUUUCAACGAUCUGAAUGGGCCGUUGCGCAAGCAUCGACACGAUAAAUUCGAUGUGAUCAAUGAAAAUAAGCCGCUGAAUGUGUCCGCUUCGUUGCCAUUCAGCGAAGAGUCACCGGUAAAUGGGGAAAUUUUGAAGAAAUACGGCAUGGCCAUGAGAGGAUACACUGAUUCAAUGAGCGGUUCGGCUGUAUCAAGUUUGGCCAAUUUCGAUUCACCAACGUCACCGCCACAGGCCACCAGCCCAACCGGGGAAAUUCGUGAGCUUCUCGAGCAAAUACGUCAAUUACAACAGAAUGCGAACAGUCCCGAUGGUUUUGCAUCAUCACAACACGAGGUCCAAAGCGGUGCGGCGACCACAAUAUCGAAUGAAUCAUCGUCAUUGGGUGGUGGAGCCGAUGCUUACGAUGGCGAUGAAUCGUCCACAUCAAACAGUAUGUUAAAUAAAAUUCAACAACAACAACCGAACCAAAGGCCUUCAACUUUACAGCAAAAUCGACGAUCGUAUCCACGUACGCGAUUCUUUGCCAUGUCAGCUGCCAAAAAUUUACGUAGCCCAAUCGGUAGCAGUAAUAUUUUAAGUUUUAACCGGAAUCGCAAAGGUUGGAUAUCGAAAUCGGCACCGACCACACCCGGCACCACAAUGCCAGCGUCCUACAUCAACGACGACAGUCCGCUGUUAAACGAACACGACGAAGACGCCGAACCAAACGCAUAAAAAAUAAACCAAAAA